GCGGAGGCGGCCAGGGGAGGGAGCGCUGCCUCAGGCCGGGUCCUGGCUCGCUGCGGCCGGCCUGGCAAGGCAGGCGACUCGUUCCCGCCCCCGCGGACCAUACCCCUCGGUCACCUCUUCCCUGGGCUCGGCCGAUCCCUCCAGGACCCCCGGGAUGCAGGCCAGGGAAAUGGGGACGCCCCUGCGGGGAGCCAGCUGCCCACCCAACUCCGACCUAACCCACAUGCAGGGCCGGAGGAUGCAGCAGCCGAGGGAGGCUGGUAACAGGGGCCCGCGGGAGCGCUCCAGGAAGAGCGCGCCGGGAGCGCGGCCCUCGGGGGAACGCGCGAAGGGGGCGCCCCCGACGGAGCCCCCCGGGCCCGGCUGGGAGCUUACGCUGGACAACCUGGCUGCCAUGGCCCCCGCGCAGCGCCGCCGCCACCUGCUCUUCGGCGACCUGCUGCAGGACGUGGGCCUGGCCGCAUCCAUCUUCCCUCGCGACUCGGUGGAGGCGGCGCUGCACGUGCCGGACCCGCGCGCCUGGGUCCAGCCGCUAGAGCCGCCCGGCCAGCGCCAAGACCGGCUGGUCGGCGUCCUCCAGGCGGCCGAGGCGCGCGGCCGCGUCCGCGCCCUGCGGCUGCGCUACAACCGCCUGCGGACCGAGGAGAUCUCGCUGCUCCUCCGGCGCCAGAGGUGUGCGCGCGCCGCCGUGCGGCUCGAGGCGUUCCUGCCGCCGCAGCUGAAGCCGACGCGGAUCCCCGACCCGCUGAACCGGCAAGAGCGGAGGCGCGUGGAAUCUAUCCUGGAGGACAAGGCCGACGGCGUCGUCUUCCCGCGAGCCGGCUCUCGGCCCCGCCCCUCCUUCCCGCGGAGGGGCAGGCGGGGACAGCUGCAGGAGCCCCCAGACCCUUCCCCCUGCCAAGGGCUCCCACUUGCUCUGCCUGGAGCAGAGCACGGAUCUGGAAGUAGAGGCCAACUGGGAGCUGGGACGCAGCAAGGAAUCCUGCCCGGCGGUGGCCAGGGCCCCUCCCCUGCCCGUGUGGGGACCUGGGCCCUCUGUGCCCUGCACCGGACCCUUCAUCCCUUCCCGGCUGCUUGCUGUCCUCGGCCUUCAUUCGAGCCUGGACAGUGUGCGGAGCUCCCAGAGGAGGGGAGAGGGCGGCGGGGGGGGGGGGGGGCAGCUGCUCAGCCCCUGGCAGUCGGUGGCUCCAGAAGGUCCUGGCUCCUUGGCCAAGCUCCCUGCAGUCUGGACCAGAAUUCCUUCAGGUUACGGAGUGCCUGGGACACGUUCGUCUAUUUAAUAAAAUCACUUGUUAUCCCAUCACUUCUCGGAGCUUCCAUUGCUUCCUGUUUAAAGUGAGGGUCUCAGUGCAGAGCCCCACGCCACCCCACAGUGCUCUGGGGAGAGGUCAUGGGCGCAGGCAGGCACGGAGCCCAACCCCGGGGGAAGGCUGGCAAGACAGUGGCCGAGGCGGCUGCCCGGAGGGGCCAGGUGGGCACACGAGCAC